UUUAGGGGCUCUUUGUUUAUACAUGUGAUUUAGGUAAGUUAAAAUAUUUGGGUACCUUUGCAACCGUUUUUUUAAGAUUUAUAAUCACUGAUUAGAAUAAUCCUUGUCACCGUUUUCGACGCCAUCUUGACGAGUAGGCAAACGCGCGAGAAAUGUAUACCGUAUUUGUAUGAGAAUCUAAUGUCGUAUAAUUUCCGUAAAACGGCUGUUCUGGAAAAAUAUAUGAAUUGUAAACUAAAUCCUUGCUGCUAAGGAUUCUACUGAAAAAAUUGAGCGCGUUACAUCCGCUAGACCUACAACCGUUUUUAAAAAUUUUCUAUACAUUUGUCUGUAAUGUUAAAGCCCGGGAAAAAUUACAGACAAAUACAUGGAAAAUCUUAAGCCAGCCUCUGGAGAAAUUCAAGCACAGGUAUGCCCCUCAAAUUUUUAGGACAACCCUUUGCUUUGUAGCUUUAGUUUACAAUUGAUAUUUUUUUCAGAACAGCCGUUUUACGGAAAUUCUUCAACAUUGGAUUCUCAUACAAACACUGUCAUUUCUUACACAUUUGCCUACUCGUCAAGAUGGCUUCGAAAACCGUGACAAGGUCUAUUAAUUUGCAUGUGAACUAAGGCUUAUUAAUCCCGUCAUUCGGUGUGUGUGGCAGCCUUGUAAGUUCUUAUGCAUCUUGUAAGUUUGUAAUGGCUUGAAGAUGUUUCUGCUUUUACUUCCGAUGUACAUGGAUUUCUAUUUCUUGUUUGUGUGUGUUGUGUUUUAUGGCCAGAAAGUAGACAUUGGGAAGCUUUCCAUUAUUGGGUUGCCCAAGAGGGCAAAGCCCAAUCAAGAAAUGAGAAGCACAAUCUUUCUAUGUCAAAAAAAAAGACAAAAUGGCGGACGGAUCUCCCAGAGGGUUUGCAUAUCCCACUCCCUCUUCAAUAAGGCUGAUUUUUUAGGGAAGAGGGCAUGAAAUUGUGCCUAAUACGGGCACCAAUGCGACCUUAAAAGUAGUUUCCAGAUUGACGACAUUAAUACUUCACUACACUUAACCUAAGGAUCAAGAGUAAUCUGUGGCAGUGAUCACGGGGCAUAAACACUUUCUUGUUCGGUUUGUUUUGGAAAAAACAGCAUGUUAGUAGUCUUCUAGAUGCCAUCUUUAAUUCAAGUAGCAUUUUACAUUGUGUAUGACCAUUUCUAGCGUCAGGAAACGCCAUCUUGGAUUGAAAUAACCCUUUACGAAGGCCUUUGUCCUGAUAUAAAGAAACUGAUGAAUUUGUAGAGAGAAACAUUAUUUACUCUUUUCUUUUAAAGCAAAAAUAAUUUUCUGUCAUAGCGGAGCUCCACGCGCUCGCGAAGCGCGCGUGGGCAGAGCUCCAUUGCUAAGUAAAUCUACCCAUCCCAGAAAAUUUGGUAAUCACGUGACCGUACACCGACCGCCCGCCGUCCGUCCGCACCACAGGAGAACCAAUGUUUACUCUCACACUUUUAGCUAGUUUGGGAGCCCAAGAGAAAACUAAUUGCACAGGCUGCACAUCAAUGUUGUGAUCAACUGACAGCUAUCAAAACAGGGCAUCCGCUGACAAGUAUCACCUGACCGUACCGCGGGCUCAAGUGUCGACCCAUCGAGGUCGAGUAUUUUUUUAAAGUUAUCCGCUGACAAAUUACCAGUUUCAAUUGAUCGCGGGCUCAAGUUUUUUUCCAAGGAUUCAUAUCAAAUAUGUUGUGUUUAUGUCACUAUGGCCCCGCACUAUUAGGAUUUUGAUUUCAAACUGACCUCGGAAGGGAAAAUUCAUCCAGUUUUUUUUAAAGUACAGGCGGGAAGACCUUAUCUUACCAUGGUCACGCAUUGGUCCUACGUCCAAUUUUUAUACUCUGAUUGGUCAAAAUUUGACAGGUGAGUUUAUGCGGAAAAAUUAUGCAGCAUCUUGAAAGUAGUUUACUUUGACAGCUGAAGCUGACAGAGUUUUGUGUCAACUUGUGAUGUUUUUAACUUUCUUUUUCCUCUGGACGUACAAAAUGAAAUACAGCUGCUAUCAAGAGUCUUCUGUUAUUCAUGGCUGGUUUGUUUACUGGGUUUUGGUUGAGAAAUGCGUCGCUUGUCAAAAUUCGGUAAUUCGACUUUGGAUGGCAUCGUUUUCGUUUUUCACCUUGCUUAAUGCGUAAGAGGGUUUAAAAGUCUCAAGCAACUGUGGCCUCCCUUGAUAGCUUUCAGAAACUGAAUCUCGAAUGGUAAGCCAAAGUAAUUAUUGUAUUUGAUGUUUGUGUUUCAUGAAGUCUUGCACAGUUCAUGCUGACAGUUUAUGCGGCAAGUUUAUGCACGUUUGCAGGAUUUGAGUCAAUGAUCUGACCUAGCCUUCAGAUAUAUUUGCUCACCACAAAUAGAAAGAAAACGUUCCGAAGGAUAUUUAGUUAUAAAUUUGGCUGUAGAAAGAAAACUUUGAGCGAUUUUCUUGCUUCGAGGAGUUCACCUUCGAAAACAGUAAGCUGCUGGAAGCCGGCUAAAACAUAAACUUAAGCUUUACGCUUAAAGGCUCAGGAUUUUUAGAGACACUUUAAUACUUGUCUUCGUGAAUGAAAAUUGUUGUCUCUGUAAAUGUUUCACGGAAUUAUAUCUCUUUUUUUGAUGGUUGGUAGUCUCUCUUUUGCAAUUUUAAUCGCUUGUCCGUGCCGUUUGUUUUCAUUGUUCAUGACCAUCGCUUGCAGGAGUACUCAAAAAUGUCGCGCGUAUCAAACGCUUUAUAAGAUUACACAUCAUUAUAACUGAACCCAUUAAAUAACAAAACAAAUAAUAAUAAAUUCGCUAUUAUGUUGAAGCGUAACUCUGUUAAAGUUCAUUCAAACACUCGACCACACUGACAGCUCGCACUAUAGAAACGAGAACCAGCUGGCCGUAUGGGUGAUUUUGGAAAUUUUCUGAAAUUUAUGAACGGUUUGGCUCGUCCUGAAUAUUGACUGAGUGCAAUUUGUCUUGAAAAAUUGUGAAAUACCGCAUUCUGUCCGAGCUCUGUAUGAUAAAUAGUACUGUUUCACCUCAAAUGUGGUGUAUAAAAAUUAUAAAAGGUUGGUUUAAACACCCCCAGAUUUGCUGGCAAGAAUUAUUAAUAUAGUAAACCUGUCGAACGCAAAAAAAUUUGGCGUGAUUUGUUUUCCAAGAAUUUGUUUUCGAGGCCUAAUCUACUGUGAUCUUGAAUGUGAUCGAAGAUGUUUGCUAUUUUUUGGGUGUACAUAUAAGGUUAUCAAUUCGAUGUAAGAUGUUUCACUCUAAAAUAACUUAGCCUUUCCCUCAAAAGUCACAUGAAUGUGCCCUUAAGUUAAAUGAUUUGUGGAUUAAAAGUUUAUUGUUUGAUUUAAAUUAUAAAUUUAUUAAAAUUGGAGCUUCGCUUUUAGCCCUGGCUAAAUCUAUAUAUUAGUAUAGUCUCCUUUGCAGCUGUUUUUAGGCUCAUCACACAAUGCUCAUGGGGACGAGCAUUGCUUGACAAGCCUAAAAACGGCUGUGAAGGAGACUAGUCAUAGUAGGAACCUCAGUUUUGGCCUUUUUCCAUUGACACUUAAUGGCAACAGUUGAUUUUUUGAAACACUUUCGAUCAGUUUAGGGAAGACGCUCUUGCACCUUUUUUGAUUUAUCAAUGUAUAAGCAACUCCAGAACAUGAUGAAAAUGAAACAUUUUUGAUAGUAUGAAUCAGUGGAGAAAUCUAAAGAUCAGUUCAUGAGUUAACUGAGAAAAGGGGCUUGAGCUAUCUUGCAACACAUGUAUUUCAUGUCUCAGUGAUUAAAUUAGAAAAGCUUUCUUGAAAUUUGCUUUUUAGUAGACUGUGAUGGUUGUAACGAAGGAGAUUUAUGUCUGAUUGGUUAAUCUCAUCUGUAAUUUAAUUUGUUAAUCUGUUGAAAGUCAUUCCAAGCAUGGAAAACAACAGGAAGGUGAUGGGCCGCUUAUGAGGCGUCGGUAAAAAUAUUUCCUCUCAUUCAGACUGAUAGACUGUAUGUGUAAAAAGGACCUGGUUUGAGUGAAAACUGUUUCGUUUCCCAAGAACAGUAUUGGUACUUACUUUUUGUGGUAGAGGUUUCGGCCUCUUUGAGGAAAUCGUGGUGAGCGAUCAACGGAUCAAUCAAACCCAGUGAUUCAAAACCCACAGUGUUUGGUGCAAUGAAACCCAGGAGAUGCGGAGGAAAAUUUCAAAAUCUCUGACAUAGAUCAACUAAUUCUUGCACUAGUAUUUGGAUGUGGGGUUAUUUUGAUUUAAAAAAUCCUUCACAUUUUGUUCUUUUUAAUUUAUAAAUUAUUAAUAAGUUUAAUAAUGUUUAUGUCUCUUUAAAUUAUCAGCUUCUCAGAAUGAUCCUUUGAAGAAUAUAAACUCACAUUUUUAGAAUUUAUUAAUAUGUUAGCUAAAGGAACAAAAAAAAUGUCUUAACCCUUAAGCCCCAAUAUCCACUUACAAAUUCUCCAAACUGAUCUCUAUACAUUUCCUUUAAGAAUUAGUUAAGAGAAUUUGAUAAAAGAUCAAAGUAUUUUCUCGUAUGUGAUCAUUUUAUUAAUUCUCAUAACCUCAUCUCAUGACAAUAUAUGGAUAUCGUUAGGAGAAAAUUGCUGUUGGUCACUAUUGGGACUUAAAGGGUUAAUAGCUACAUGUACUAAUAAAAAUGUUUUCUUUCCUUUUUUGUCUGGUUUUCAUAGGAAUCAUGAGGAUCACUAACAUUCGUUAUGGACGGAUUGUGUUCAUGGCUGUUGCAACCAUUUUGAUUUUGUUCAUGUUUCUGUUAGCACAAUUUAGUUUACGUGCUUCAGGUGGGAAAGGUAUAUUGGACCGAGCCAGGCAACAUUUUAACCACUGGUUCCAGAAAACUGUGUUCAAACACAACUGGGAGGACAUCCACUGCCGCAGAAAACAUGGUAAUGAAACGAUUGUGGAAGAAAGCUGGAUUCCUGAAUUGGCAAAACAAUUAAAUUUAGAUGCCGAAGACACCUCUGUGUUUGAUAGUAACACUGGAUGCAAUGAGUGGCUAAAACUCAUUCGGAAACAGUAUCCAAAGAUGAAAAUUGGAGGUGCCCAUGCCAAUCAGUAUGCCGUGGAAUAUGCCAAGAGGUUAUUUAAUGAUACGCCAGAAACAUUUGGAACUAUCGGCCCUGAUGGAAGACUAAACUUCUUGAAGGAUGGAUUGCAGUUUGCACAUGCUAUUAACUAUGGAGGGCUUAAAGAACUGGGAAAUAAAGAGAUGCAGUGCAAUCUGGUUAGAGAACUCUUACGAAUCUUGAAACCUGGUGGUUCGUUGUACCUUGGUCACAACAUAGAGGAAAAUGAGUGUCGUGUACUGAAUAAAUAUUCAAGUGUUGCUCUUCCAGGUUGUUAUUGGUCAGAGACUUGUCUGAAGAAUCGUACUGAUAUUGCAGAAAUCUACUACAUCAGAGAAAAAGACCUUUUUGGAGACCAUUCAGAAAUUGAUGACUGUUACACGGCAGUGUUCAUUCAUAAGAAAGUGAUCAUUUCAAAGGGGACAGAUGGGCAUGAAAAUCCUCCACCUAAAUAUGAACCACACAAGAGAAUGUAUUACUGUACCUUGGAGCAGCCAGUUUCUAGAAAAAUAGCAGACAAAUUUCAAGAACUAACCAAGCAUGUGUUAAAAUCAGAUGUUGUGUUCCCAGGAAACUUAUAUCAGGGGUAUAAAAUGGCUAAAAACUUGCACAGUUUAAGGAAAAAUUUAUCAGAGUCUCACACCACUAACUAAUAUACAGUCUCUCAGGGAUCCAUAUUUAUUUUUUCUCACAGUCGUCAGCCAGGCAAGUAGACCUGAUGGCCACUUGCCCGGUUACAAUUUGGGUUGCCCGGACAAAAGUGCAGAAUUAAUAAUAUAAAAGAAUGGUGAAAAAAUCGUGUGCAACUUGAACAUUUCUGAUUAGCAUGUUAUUUUCGUUUUAGUUACUAAGAAAGGGUUUUAACUAAACUGUUAAGUACAACAGGUCACAGGCCAAGGCUAAACACAAUUUAUUCACAUUUUACAAGUAGUCAUGGUUGGUUAGUUUGCCAUGAAGGCAAGAUGGUGUGCUUACAUUUUCCCCCAUAAAAGGCAGAGGCCCCUGCAUUGAUCACCUUUUUUUUCGUCAAAGGUAGCGAAACGUCUUAUGCGUAUAAGGCACCGGCUUCUGCUUCACCUUUUUUUCCCACCAAAGGCAAUGAAAUGCCUUCUAAAAAAUGCAACAUCUUUAAUAAAAGUGCUGGACAUCACAUUUUCUACAAAUGGCCUCUAUAUGCACCACUUCACAAAAAACUGAGCCUGUGAUCGUUUCGUAGAAAAUACUGCACCACCAAAGAUGGUGCCCAAACUUACGAUUUUAUUGCAGACAAAAGGUGCUUGUUAUUCUCCAUUAUUCUAAAAGUUUUAAGUGGAUGAGAUAGUUAUCAGAACACUGGGAAAAUGUGUAAAAUCAUAUAUAAGAAUUUUUGCAAAGAUUUUGUGAUUGAACAAAACCUCACUCGUCCGAAGGGUGACUUUUGAAGUUUUUUUAAUCGUCCAUAUUAGAUUGUAGUCAUCUGGGACGACUGGGAAUAUGGAUCCCUAGUCUCUAUUAUUAUUGUAUUUAACUGUACCCGAGGGGAGGGGGUUGGGUUUGGGGAGGGAAAGCAAUUUGAAGCUGGAAAUUGCC